GUGUUUGUGUAACAUUGGUUGAUUGACGGUGAUUGAUAAACAGUAAAAAAAACGUGUAAGAAGGUUUAAACCAUAAUCACCGAAUCUUAACAGAUGUGGUAAAGACAAUGACGUGGAAGAGAAGGAAAUUGGGUCUCAUUUAUUACCAAAUCGUGAUUGGCAAGUGGCAACGCGUUAAUCCAUAAUCAUACAGCCCCAACUUCUAUUCGUCUUUAUUUUAUCCAAAUAAUAAUUCGCUUAUAAAUAGUUUUCCACUUGUCCAUCAUCUUCUCCAACGAACAACGACCUAAAACUUACAAAUCAUAUCUCAAAACAAUGGAAGCUACACUGAUUUAUUCGCCAGCUUCAAUUUCACCACUCCGGUUCCAUCCAUUGGUGUUUUCUCCGAUGACGUUUAAGAAGAAGACGAUGAGCGUUUCUGCUGCUGCGUCUUCCGGGAAGGACCAUUACUACGGAGGAGGGAGAUUAGUGGACGAGAACAUGAUCGUCUUAAGGAAACGCAUCCACGAGAUGAAGAUGGUUGAGCGAAACUACGAGCCUCCUUCUCAUUGGAUGGAUUGGGAGAAGCGUUUCUACAGCAGCUACGACUCUGUAAUCUGUGAUUCCGUUGGUCUUCUCCAGAGUUUCCUCAUGAAUUCUCGCCCCACCGUCGCGAUUGUGACGCUGCUUCUCCUCCUGAUCAGCGUUCCCGUUUCCUCCUCUAUUCUCGCGUUUCGCCUUCUUGACCUUCUUCAUUGGGUUCUCGCCGCCGCAACAUUGGGCCACGUGGGCUGAUCUGCUCGCCCCGUUUCUUUCUUUUUCUUUUUACUUGCCCACAAAAUAUUUUUCGGUAUAUUGGUUAUGUUUAUAUACACAUAUUCU